AUGAAUCCAUCUGUUUCACUUAUAUUUGCUGUAUCCAAGCCACCACGAAACUUAGUAGCUGAAAACAAUGAUGGCUUUCAUUUUGCUCACUCAUCUAUGAUCUGGGUUGAGUUUGGCGGGGACAGCUUGUCUGUGCUCUGCACAGCAUCAGCUGGAGUAGUUCGAAGGUUGGGAGGCUGGAAUCAUUUGAAGAUUUUCUCACAUAUGUGUGCGCAUUUGAUGCUGUCAGCUUGGGUUGUAGACCUCAGCAGCAAUGCUCUGACCACCAUCCAACUGAUGAUGGUCAUUGCUCUAGAACUUCCCCGUCUGGAGGUUGACUUGGCUGACAACCAAUGGCAGUGUGAUGAUAGCAUGACAAUCUUCCAAGAUUUCAUUUCUGAAUCCUGGAGGAAAAAGUGGAACGAAAUUUGCAACAAGUCUAUAGGGAAUAAGGAGGCAUUCUGGUGGACUCCCAAAAUCAGAAUUUCCAGGAAGACCCACCUCCCUCGCAUUCAUCUGAAUCGUAUGAAAAAACUUCUACCAAGCCAAGAAGAGAGGUCCCAGGAAGCAAUGUCCGUGAGCCUUUCCACUUUGUGGAAGAAGGAACAUGUCAGGUCUGAUAUCAACUAGAAGCAGAGAUGUCUGCCAAGAUGGGUUGGAAAUGCCCAGGACGAUCAAACUCUUGGCAGAAGAGAAGACGAUUACCACGACCUCACCCUGUCAGUCUGCCUGUCAGUGUUCAUCACAUUCUUCGUUGCUUUCUGCCUGGGGGCUUUGACAAGGCCUUAUAUUGACAGACUGUGGCAACAAAGAUGCUGGCACAAAAGCCCGGGUUCAAAAAAUACAUAUUCAAAUGAGGGCUUCCAUGAUGAAAUUGAAGCUGCAGGGAACAUACAGCCCCCAACCACAUUUCCACACCAAGAUUUUCAUGGUCUAAACCUCUUUGAGAACCAGGACUCUGUCCCAGUGAUGCCAAGGCCACACACUGCUGUCACUCAUGACAGGGCUCUUAGAAGCAGCAGAAAGGGGGCUGGCAGCUGGCAGAGCACCACACAGUGUGGAAACAACACUGGGGCAGGAAAUAGAAAUGAUAGCCUGCUUCCAAAUGGCAAUGCAACCCAUUCCAUUCUCCCCAGACAUCCAAAUGCUGAUAAUAACAAACCAAUUUCAGCAGCGCAGGAUCACAUGUAUAGGAAUGAUAUUCUCGGAGAGUUAAAUUAUGACACUGUGGCCCAGGAAGAUUCUCUUGGUGAGCAUUCAAUGAGCUUCUCUUCAGGAGCUAGCAGAUUACAAACUAUCUCUGGUUCAAUCCAUAAUGAUUCUAAUGAAUUAAACCCAUUGGUCUCAAGAGAAAUGACAGCUUCUCUCUCUAAAAUGCAAAUGCAUACCAAUGCCUGGAGGACUGGAGAGAAUGAGGAAAGAGGGGCCGCUGAACAGUUACCUUCAGGAGGUCUAGGCUCUCAGCUGGAAUUUUCUAAGGAAAUGCAAAUGAGCACAUGUAUUAAUUUACUGAGCACUCAGCAGCAAAUGCUCUAGGAGGUGAGUCCUGAGGAAGAGGCUUUAGCCUACUACAGCACAGUCACAUACAGUGAUCCAGGAGAUACGGAUCCAUCCAUCUUUCCUCCAAGAUGAGGCAGUGAUGUGGAUGUCCCUCCUGCCCACAAGGAACCACAGCAGAACUGUGUUCCUUCUGAUACUCAGGUUGAGUUGGAGACCGACUACGAUGCUGAUGAAGGGUCUUUAUUUACUCUAAGUUCAGUAAGUUCACAGGGUACAAAGAAUAUGACUGAAGACGAGACAUAUGGUGAGGAGAGCUAUAGGGCCAGGGAGCCACCAGAGAAUGAGAACGCAGGGGGAAGGAUGGACAACACUAGAUCAUUAGAGAGUCUUGAAGACAACAUCACCUUCCAGAACAUUCGGGAGAAAUGUGAGAAUCAGGAACAUCUUGAAAAGCCUCUCAUUUCUGCUCCUGACUCUGGUUUGUGCGAGACUUAUCAGGAAAGUGCUUCUAACACCAGUAAAUUUGAGGAACCAUUAACGUUGCCCAGAUCCCUGAGCACUAGUCAUUUGAGUGUGGAGAUUCCAGGCAUGUUCAUUUAUGAUUAUGUCAUAGCUCCUCAGUCAGAGGCACCAGAAUGGCAUUGUUCACUGAGAGACCUAGAGUUUUCAAAUGUAGAUAUUUUACCACAAAUACCACCAUGUUCUGCUGAUGUUCCCUCACAUCCUGAUCAGCGUGCCUGCCAUGAAAGAGACUCAGACAUUUGUAAUUAUGAGCCAUUCAUUCAGGGAAUAGACACAGUUCAAAAAGAUAGUCCUCUCAAGAUCGUAACAGGAGAAAACUUAAGACCCUCACAACAAGAUUCCAAAGAGCACAACAUGGAAUCCAACCCAAUGGACACUGAGGCAAAUGAGGAGUUUGUAUGUCCACUUGAGGACACUGAUUCGAGUAAGGUUAUAAGCCAGACACAAUCAUUACAAUCCUAUGGUGAUGAACCUGUCCUUCAAUGUGAAAGAGAAGGAAAUGAAUAUUUUGAACACUGUUCCAAGUGCCAGGGACCGUUAUUCCAAGAGUUUCCAAAUAAAACCAGUUCCCUAAGAACACGAGAGUACUUCAGUGAUAGAGAUUGGGGUGACUAUUCAGAGGACAAUCUGUUGCAGUUAGAAAAAGAUGAUUCUAAAUUUUAUACUCAAAUGCAGAUCCAGAGUAAUCAGAUGGGAGUUGGCUCUCUCUGUGAGGAACAAUUCUACUAUGACAAAGACAAGGAUGUUCAACUUGAUGAUCCAAGAUAA